GCUUGCUAAAAGCAUCAAACAGAAGAUAGUAGACUACCUCAAUGACAAAUACAGUGACCCAGCAACACAAGAGCUUCUCGACAUGGCCUCUGCCCUGGACCCAAGGUUCAAGCUAAAAUAUGUCAGUGAAGACAACCGAGGGUCUAUUGAAGACAAACUGACAGCGGAGAUGAAGAGUUUGAUAAAUGUCAUGAAGAAUGCCCCUCUUGAGACAGCAGCAAUGGCUCCUGAUGUUACAGAGGAUGCUGCUGCUCCAAAGAAAAAGAAGAAGGGACUGGGCAGCUUCUUCAAGGUCACCACAGACAAAACUGCAGGACCUCUUCUCCAACAGGAUCAUGCCAUUGCUCUUGAGCUACAGUCAUAUCUGCAGACAGAGACACUGGAUGCUGAGGAAGACCCACUGAAGUGGUGGAGAGAAUCUCAGAGGUUCAUCCCACGGCUUUCCAACCUGGCGAGGAAAUAUCUGUGUAUUCCAGCCACAAGUUGUUCUUCAGAGAGGGUCUUUAGCACUGGUGGAAAUAUUGUAUCCUGCUCGCGUUCAUCUCUGAAACCAGAUCAUGUAGACAGGCUGGUCUUUCUGGCUAAAAACCUUUAAGUGUUGUUCAUAUUUGUUAGUCUGA